ACCGCCGCGCCGCCGCGGCUUGCUGGCGAGCCCCACCGACCCGCGUCACCGCUCUGCGCGCUCCCUGCACCUCCCGGGCUGCAGCAGCCCGAGAAAACGAAAGCCAGGCGAUCCCAGCACCCGCGAUCGCGCGGGCUCUGUGCUCCGAGGGCCGUGCUCGCCUGGUGCCUACUCCAGGGCUGUGUACACCGCGCAGGCGGCGGCUGAGCCCGCACCAGGAGGGCGCGGGAGCCGCAGGGCCCCGGAGCUUUGGGCGACUGUUACGCGGCCUUGGCCGAGGCUCUUCCUUGCUCGCCGUUCUGUCGCGGGCCUGGCCCGUGAACCGCUCACAGUAUGGCCCGAUGCUGCUUCUACACGGCGGGGACACUGUCUCUGCUGCUGCUGGUGACCAGUGUCACGCUGCUAGUGGCUCGAGUCUUUCAGAAGGCAGUGGACCAGACGAUCGAGAAGAAUAUGGUAUUACAAAAUGGUACCAAGGUCUUUGAUUCCUGGGAGAAGCCCCCUCUACCUGUGUACAUCCAGUUUUAUUUCUUCAAUGUCACCAAUCCAGAGGAGAUCCUCCAAGGAGAAAUCCCCCUGCUAGAAGAAGUGGGGCCGUACACCUACAGGGAGCUCAGGAACAAGGCAAACGUUCAGUUUGGAGAAAAUGGAACAACCAUAUCUGCCGUCACCAAUAAGGCAUAUAUUUUUGAACGAAACCAGUCUGUUGGAGACCCUACCGUUGACUUGAUUAGAACAAUAAAUAUUCCUCUGUUGACUGUUGUGGAAAUGGCCCAGCAGCCCUUCCUCAGGGAGAUCAUCGAGGCCAUGCUGAAAGCUUAUCAGCAGACGCUGUUUGUCACUCACACUGUACAUGAACUGCUCUGGGGCUACAAAGAUGAGGUCUUGUCGCUCGUCCAUAUUUUCAGACCUGACGUCUCCCCUAACUUUGGCCUGUUCUAUGAGAGAAAUGGAACUAAUGAUGGGGAGUAUGUUUUUCUGACUGGAGAGGACAAUUACCUGAACUUUACAAAAAUUGUGGAGUGGAAUGGAAAAACGUCGCUGGACUGGUGGACCACGGACACGUGCAAUAUGAUCAACGGGACAGACGGAGAUUCUUUUCACCCAUUAAUAAGCAAGGAUGAGGCUCUGUACAUCUUCCCAUCUGACUUCUGCAGGUCGGUCUACAUAACUUUCAGUAGCUUUGAGAACGUAGAAGGACUGCCUGCUUUUCGGUAUAAGGUGCCUGCAGAAAUACUAGCCAAUUCCUCCGAAAACGCUGGCUUCUGUAUACCCGAGGGAAACUGCAUGGACGCGGGAGUGCUGAACGUCAGCAUUUGCAAGAAUGGUGCGCCCAUUAUCAUGUCUUUCCCACACUUUUACCAAGCCGACGAGAAGUUCGUUUCGGCCAUAAAAGGCAUGCGUCCAAAUAAGGAAGAACAUGAGUCAUUUGUGGACAUUAAUCCUUUGACUGGAAUUAUUUUAAGAGGGGCCAAGAGAUUCCAGAUCAACACUUACGUUAAGAAACUGGAUGACUUUGUUGAAACGGGAAACAUUAGGACUAUGGUUUUCCCAGUGAUGUAUCUCAAUGAGAGUGUUCUCAUUGACAAAGAGACUGCAAGUCAACUGAAGUCUGUGAUUAACACAACUUUGAUUGUCACCAACAUACCCUACAUCAUCAUGGCACUGGGCGUGUUCUUUGGCUUGAUUUUCACGUGGCUGGCGUGUCGAGGACAGGGGUCUACAGAUGAGGGAACUGCAGAUGAAAGGGCACCCCUCAUACGGACCUAAUGGGACUUACCUGUUGCCUGAGCUUGGUGAGAGAAUGUGAGAACUGACCUGACCUGGACCAGGACAGGGAAAAGCCUGCAUCCUCACGGGCUCCUGACCUGUCAAGAAGGGAGUGAAGCCGCAGCACUGGCACGCGAGAAGACCCUCCUGGACAGAGGGGACCGAGCAGGUGACAUGGCUGGCAAUUACGCUUUAUAAAAUCAUGUCUCUGAAACUGUGUCAAUGUGUCUUAGGGAGUAUUUAAUAAAUUGUGUAGAAACCUUUUGUGAUUGGGCUCUGGGAGCUGUGGGGAUUUUGUAACCCCUGUUGUAGAUACAGUGUCUGAGUCACUUGUUAAUGUUAACUUGGCCUGACCCGAUUCAGUAUGCCUCACUCUCCAAACUUUGUGUUUAAAAUAUGUAUGCGUUUCUGUUGUUGUUCUCCGUUCACCUCCUUACGAAGAAAGAUGUGGUUACCCAGGGUAGAGUGAUAGCUCCAUACAGUGUACCAAGCAAAUGGGUUUGAUUUCCUUCUCCAAAACAUUACAUUUUGCAUCUUGCUCAAGUCUUCAGGAAAAUAACUCAAGUCUUCUGACCAUUUUAUAGUGUGUAGGAAUCAAGUGUGGGAAGGGCAGGGUGGGGUGGGGUCUGUAAGUAGAUAGCGUUGAGCUCCUGAGGACUUUUACUUGUGCUUUUGUGAAGCAAGAGGUUGCACCAGGAAUGUUGGUGAGGGUAAGACAGAUGUCUCAUCUAGAACAGAGCUCAGUGUUAGUUAUCGCAUCUGUAGGCUAACUGUAGUCAAAGAUGUCUGAAUGCAGACUAUGCUGCUGAGAGAACAGAAUCAAUGACUUCUACCCCCAGGCGUUUCUGCUACAUAGGACAGUGACAUGGAGUGACAGUGAUUGCAAAUAUUGAGGGGUUAUUUGUAAAAUGAUGAACAGUGGAAGUCUGUCUGCCCAUAGCUUACAUUACAGACAGAUCCAGGAAGUCUGCACAGGUCAGAGAGGCAUUUCUUCUGGACCCAGCCAGUAUUUGUGGCUCCCUAUCACUAAGUGCCCUCUGCUUCCUGUGACAAUCAUUUUUUCUGACAGAGCUGAACGUGUUAGACUGCUAGACAGAAGGCACUUCAGAUGAGGAGUCGUGAGAUGACGCCAAGCUGCUUCUCUUUGGAAGGCACUGGCUUCUGGUGUAGGGCUAAGGACAUCAGUGUCACAACUGUCAAACCUCAGCUAUCCUGGAGGGCAGUGUCCAUGAUUCUCAGAGUUUACUGGUUUGGUUGUUUUGGUUUGGUUUGGUUUUUGAGACACGGUUUCUCUGUGUAGCCCUGGGUGUCCUAGAACUUGCUCUGUAGACCAGGCUGGCCUCGAACUCACAGAGGUCUGCCUGCCUCUGCCUCUUGAGUGCUGGGAUUAAAGGCUUACAUCACUGAUUUUUUUCCCCCCAAGAAACCCUAUACAUCAUCUGACUAGCUGCUUAUAGAAUUUCCUGAAAACUGAAUUUCAGUGUAUUUUUAAAAAUGUAAAACCUGAGAUGUCACGUACAUAUUGGAAGUGAAACAUUGCUUUAAUAUACAGGCCCAAGUUUCCCUCUCUUUACCCAGAAGCAAUAAACAGUGUUUCCCUUUAAAAAAAAUAAUUGAUAUUUUUGAAACAGGACAUUUUUUUAUGCCCUGACUGUUCUGGAACUCACUAUGUAAACUAGGCUGUCCUUGAACUCUCAGAGAUCUGCCUGCCUCUGUGUCAUGAGUGCUGGGAUCUGCGAGCCACCAUGUUUGGCUGAUGUUUCCCUUCUAGAAGAGACAAUUUGUUAAAUUUUCACCUUUCCUGCUAAUCAAAGUAGAAAUAUUAGAGACCCCAAGGCACCAAAAUGUGAAACUAAAUUGAGAAUAUCUGACCUUUAGUGAUGACAGAUAUCUUUAGACCGUAUCAAUAUUUAAGUAGGUGGUUGGCAUAUCUCAGUCUUCGUGCCUCGUGACAGGGUCUCGCUCUGGAACUCACUGUGUAGGAUAGGUUGACCUUGAGUCUAUGGUGAGUCUGUCUCAGCCUCCCAAGUGCUGAGAUUACAGGCAUGCACUACACCUGCCCGUCUCUGUGCAACUACUUAUCCACACUAAUACAUCGAGGAUUAAUCAUUUCCAGGAUGUAACCAUCUCUGCGGAGAUCUUUAAACACAGAAGUUGUGGUAGUUAAUGAUGCACAUAGACUGAAUCGCACAUAGAGAAGGAGAACAAAACCAGAUUAACCCUUUAUUAGUGCCAUGGUUCUUAAUUGCAGUGGUUCAUUUGGUAUUUUCUUUCUAAAGGGUCCGCGGCGAACCCACAAGGCACAGUCAGAAUUAUAGGUUGAUUAACAAUAAAUGUAUCCAUUCGGCGUGUGGCUGAAAAGCUGUUCUCUGUGUUCACUCUUUUGAGGGCAUUACCCUGGACAGGUCCCAAAGGCUGUGGUCACACCACAGGGUAGCAGGGGACUGGGAGAGCACAGGGUGGGGGAUGGGCAUUUCCACAUAGGCUCUAGGCUCGGGAAGCUUUACAUCCUUGUGUUCUACAAAGAUCACUAAUGGUCAAAUGGGACAAGCACUACACAACUAACCCCUAUUGGGGUUUUUGCUUAAGGGGGAUAAUUUUUUAACUUGUUGUUUGCCGUGUGAAUUCUUCGAAAGGCCCUCUGAGCGUUCAUUGUUACUGGUGUGAAUCGCUUGUGCCUGGCUUUAAAAAGGCUGACCAGAAUGUUCUUCAUGUAGCUUACAGCGUUGGUUCGUUUGCUGUGCUUCCUGACCUGGUUUUAUUUCUACCCAUAAUACAAUGAACUGUUUCACUAAUUAAAGAACGUUUCUAUAAAGUU